CCUAAAUUCCCCAUCUGUGUUCUAGGGCUCUUCGCGAUGGUGUGUAUCGCGUGCUUGCUGCCGAUCUUCCUUCUCCCUCUAGUCAACAUUCUCCCUCGUCUCUUCGAUUUCUUCAUGGCCAAAUUCUAUCGCGUUUUUAGGCAGGAUUAUAAGCCGCCAGCUCGAGCGCCGGCGCAGUGCCCCAUUCCAUCCAUGAGAAAGGAAGGAAGCAAAGAGGGAGAAUCUCCGCCCGUGGACGAUACAAAGAAAGAAUAAUAUAAACAGUGUAAAAGCCCCGGGUUAACAUGAUGCCCCUUCUUUUUCAUCGUCUCGUCUAUUAGGGCAUAGCUGAAGCUAUGGGUAUGGAGCUCGAGCAAUGCGAGGAGCAAGGAGGAGCGCGCGUCGAGGAUCUUCAUCCCGAAUCGAGGCCCAGCAUUCUCUGCGUUGGCGCGGCGGGCGUCGGCAAGACGACGAUCGCGAAUCGGUUGAGGCGCGAUCGCGAGGUAAUUGACGCAUCGUCAGGAGCGAUCACAUGCUAUGGCUGGAAAAUCGACACCAAGUACUACACUGCAAAUGUAGGAAUCUGGACGGCUCGGCUGGAGCAAGAACAAACUGACGAGGUUGUGAAGAGACUGGAAUCUCUGAGUGGACAGUGCGAAGCGCUCGUCAUGGUUUUUGAUCUUAGCAACGAUUCUUCGUUUGAUCGACUAAAGAACUGGGCGUCCAGAGCAGACUUGACCGCGUUUGAGAUACUCCUUUGCGUUGGAAACAAAGCCGACCGUUUGCCGCAACACUAUGGCCACGUCGAGUACCGCCGGAGGCUACAAAGGCUUGGAGAGUCGUCCAGUGAUCCUCAUCCCGAGUUUCUGGAAUUCGGGAUACAAAGGAACGAAGGAAGCUCGUUGCUUGACGACGAAGAGGUCGAGCUCGCAGGGCCAGCUCCCCCAGUUGACGAGAAGAAGCAUAGCAGGAUCGAGUGGUGCAUCGAGAAUGGCAUCGAGUACAUUGAGGCGUGUGCACUGAACGUUGCCUUUGACGACUGUUUGUCAUUGGAUGGAGAUUUGCAAGGUGUGUCCCGCAUUCGAGGAGCACUGUCGGCUCACAUGUGGCCGGGGAUGGUGAUGAAGCCAACUCCCAGCAAAGCGACCAGUGAAGCUCAAGCUUGCACACAAGGAGAUCCUUCGAGCGACGAGGAGUCCGACUUUACCAUCGAGUACGAGCUUCUCUCGAGUGUAUCAGACGACGAAGCCUUUGCCGCUGAGAGCGAAAGCCACCACCGCGAGGAUCAAGCGACCGAUAGCAGUGUCCUUGAAGCAGCAUCAGUGACAGGGCAAGAAGCUACUGCCGAUGCGAGCGAAGAACAUGCUGGAGGAGUUAGCGGUGCUUCAGAAACAACACUAGCUGGAGACGAUGGUGGAGCUCACGGCGAUGGAGAAGAAGAAGUCGGGCAUAACAAUGGACACGAAGCUUCGCAAGUUCGAAGCUCCGGCAAUGGCAGCGAAGCGUAUAGAAUGGACGAGUUUGAGCAGCUGAUGCAGGAGAUGGCGGGUAUGCGAGAGAAUCUCAGUAUGAUGCCGGACGCACAGCGGCGAGAGAUCGCCUCCCAGAUCGCGAUGAGAAUGGCGUCCAUGUUUAUGGACGACGACGACGACGAAUGAUCGAUCAUAAUAGAAGAAGAAAACUUUACUCGAAA